CACCUCCUGAACUACCCCGUAUUCAAGGACGGCGUUCAGAAGGCCGACGAGUACGGCCAAAAGUCUAUUCAGCUCGGCAACUCUGCCUAUAAGACCUUCGCCGCCCCCGUCCUGCCCUUGUUCGCUAAGCCCAUCGAGUACGUCUCGCCCUACGUCCAAAAGGCCGAUGAGCUCGGCGACAAGACCCUCAAUCGCAUCGACGAGCGUUUCCCCAUAGUCAAGAAGCCCACCAGCGAACUCUACAACGAAACCAAGGGUCUCAUCCUGCUGCCAUACACCAAGGGCCUCGAGGGCAAGGACCAUGUUCUCCAGGUCUACUCCACGGUAUCCUAA